AUGAGCUUCCACGACAAUGCAGAGCCACGCCAGCAGCGGCCACCCAUCUACCGACCCAAGGACCCCCCACCUGAUGUAGCCCUUGAUAGGAGCCGCAUCUAUAUUGGCAACCUACCUCACACCGUGACCGAGGAUGAUGUGCGAGAACUGGUUGAGCCUUAUGGGGCUGUACGGGAUGUCUUUGUGAACAGCCAAAAGGGCUUUGCUUUUGUGAAGAUGGAUAGCCCCCAGAGUGCCGAGGCCGUGGUGACCAACCUGGACAUGAACUUAAGGCGUGGCCGACGACUGCGCGUGACACCAGCGUCUAAUGCCAAGGGCAAGCUGGCUAAAGCGUUGGGUCAUGGGGGUGGUGCUGUGCGACCACGUGACGAGAAGCCAGGUGGCCGCUGCCGCUUGUUUGUGGGCAACUUGCCUGCAAGCACGGGAGAAGAGGAGCUGCGUCGCCUUUUCUCAGAACAUGGUGAAGUACAAGAGACAUUCCUCAACUCGGAGAAGGGCUUUGGUUUUGUCAAAAUGGCGUCCUACGAAGCGGCUGAGGCUGCUAAAGCAGCACUUGAUGAUGCUCUUGUUGAUGGACGGCGCAUUCAGGUGCGAUUUGCCACCCAAGGUACAUGCCUUAGUGUGCGUAAUCUUGGACCAUGGGUCUCAAAUGAACUACUGGAAAGUGCUUUUUCUCUUUUUGGUGAAGUGGAAAGGGCUGUGGUUAUUGUGGAUGACAGGGGUCGCUCGGUAGGCGAGGGCAUUGUGGAGUUUGCACGCAAGCCGGCCGCCCAAGCUGCUUUGAAGCGAUGUCUCGAGGGCUGCUUCCUGCUGACUAGUGAGCCAAGACCUGUUUGGGCAGAGCCACUGGAGUACAGAGACUGGGUUUUGGGCCUCCCUGAACGGACAGUGUCACGACGAGGGCGGGGGUAUGCGCGGGAACGAGAACUGGGACCACGUUUUGCACGACCAGGCACACAAGAGCAUAGGGUGGCAGAGCGCUGGAAACGCUUCCUGGACUUCGAGAAGGACAAGCGGGAAGAAUUGGACAAGGUUUUGAACGAAGAACGUCGAAAAUUGGAGGAAGAGGUGGAACGUUUUCGUAGAGAGCAAGUGCUGGAACGGCCCUUUCCACCCUGGCAAGAUGGACCUCAUGAUCAGUAUGCCAGCUAUUUAGGCUAUGACACAGGCUACCUUGGCUACCCACCCCAGUACGGUGCAGGCUGGAACCAUCGCAGUCCUUACUGA